GCCCGGCAAGCUCCGCUUAGGAUAUUAGAAAUGGCUACUCCCCAGUCAGUUUUCGUCUUUGCGAUUUGCAUUUUAAUGAUAACAGAAUUAAUCCUGGCCUCAAAAAGCUACUAUGAUAUCUUAGGUGUGCCAAAAUCUGCUUCAGAGAGACAAAUAAAGAAGGCCUUUCACAAAUUAGCCAUGAAGUACCACCCUGACAAAAAUAAGAGCCCUGAUGCUGAAGCAAAAUUCAGAGAGAUUGCAGAAGCAUAUGAAACUCUCUCAGAUGCUCAUCGGCGGAAAGAGUACGAUACAAUUGGACACAGUGCUUUCACUAAUGGCAAAGGACAAAGAGGGAGUGGAAGUCCUUUUGAGCAGUCUUUUAACUUCAAUUUUGAUGACUUAUUUAAAGACUUUAAUAUUUUUGGCCAGAACCAAAACACUCGGUCCAAGAAACAUUUUGAAAAUCACUUCCAGACACGCCAGGAUGGCUCCAAUAGACAGCGGCAUCAUUUCCAGGAGUUUUCUUUUGGCGGUGGAUUGUUUGAUGAUAUGUUUGAAGAUAUGGAGAAAAUGUUUUCUUUUAAUGGCUUUGAGACCACCAAUCGACACACAGUACAGACUGAAAAUAGAUUUCAUGGAUCCAGUAAGCACUGCAGGACUGUCACUCAGCGAAGAGGAAAUAUGGUUACUACCUACACUGACUGUUCAGGACAGUAGUUGGUUCUGUUUCCACUAUGCCCACUUAGUUUAUUCUUUCUCACUAUGUCUGAUGAAACAACAGUUUUCUCUGAACUGUUUUGACAAAUGCAUGAUCUCACUUACAUUAAGCCAUUGGUUGUAGGUAUUCCACAUAUUAAAUUUUUGACAGAUUCAAUCACAUUCAGCUAGCAGACAACUCUAAUUAUUAAUUUUCCUGAUUAGGAAAAGUUCUUUUAAAGGAAGAUCAUUUGCAAGAUCUUUUUUUCUUUACUUAUCCUUUAACUCUUUAAUUUGGCCACACCUCCCAAAAAAAUCUACAAACAAAAUUCAAUUUGUCUGGUACAUACUUAAGAUUAAACUUUAAAAGAUAAAUUGUGUGAACUUGAAUAAUUCUUGCAGUGAAACCUCUGCUAAUUUAAAAUCGCAUGCCCUGUAGCACCUGUGAGUUGGGCUACUAAAUGUCUACGAAACUGUAAUUGAGUCAGUGAAGGGCACAGGUAGGCUCCUGGCCGAUUGCCACUGAAUGCUUUAGAAAGUGGUGGUUUGAUUUUUAUCACAAAAAGAUGCCUCUGCUACAGUAGAGUUGGUGUAACAGGAGUGAUUGUAUUGCACGUAGUUAAGCUGAAAAAGUUUAAAACUUAAGAUGAAAUAUUUGCCAAGAGAUUGUGUUUGGUCCUCGGCUAAUGAUUUUGUAUGAUCAAAAUCAUAGCUACUUAAACAUCUUUUUCUUUCUUUUUGUUGACUUUCUAAGUCUUAGUUUAUGUAUUUUGUUUGUGUGUGUGUGUGUGUGUUUUGUUUUUGGUGUGUAUGUGUAUAGUUUCUCUUGGACUUACCUUUAUCUAGAGAUUGACUAAUACCUCAUUCUUUUUAUAAAAGCAGCCAGUAAUUUCUGUGCAACCUUUUAUGUGCAAUAUUUUUAAAUCCUAAGAAAUGUGUGCUUUUGUUGUUGUUAGAGUUAUUUCUUUAGUUCUGCACUUUUCCAUGUUAUACUCCGUACGAGUGUUAAUCCUAUGGAUGCAUAUGAAAAUAGUAAUGUCUCAUGCAAUAUUGUGUGUGAGUGAGAAAUAUAAAUAUUUACAACCUGA